AUGUUCAAGACCGCCAUUAUUGCAGCAGCAGCUAUUGUUGGUGCUCAAGCUGUUACUACCAACUACACCAGCACCACCGACCCUACUAAGAUCAACAUCCCUGAUAUUGACCAAACCACCUCGCAUGAUCCCGCUAAAGAAUGCACCUACUAUGAAUCGGAUUACACUUACAACAAGGCCGAGUGGCCCACCGUUUGGGAUACUGCCACCACCAACGGCAUGAACACCAGCGCCGAGUUCAAGGCCCUUUGGGACUCCAUUGACUGGUCCAAGGCUCCUAACGUUCAGCCUCGCACUAUUGGCCCUGAUGGUGGCCUUGUUAUGCAAGGCUACGAUACUCAAAACGAUCCUGAUUGCUGGUGGAGUAGCUCUGGUUGUACCGUUCCCAAGCUCAAGGAUGUCAAUGCUGAUAUCUAUUAUUGUGAUGAGCCCGAGACUCUUGGUUUGACCUUUGAUGAUGGUCCCAACUGCUCCCACAAUGCAUUUUAUGAUUUCCUCGAGCAAAACAAGCAAAAGGCAUCCAUGUUUUACAUUGGUUCCAAUGUCCUCGCUUGGCCCUAUGGUGCUCUCCGUGGUGUCAAGGAUGGUCAUCAUAUUGCUGGUCACACAUGGUCCCACAAGCUUAUGACAACUCUUACCAACCAAGAAGUGCUUGCCGAGCUCUAUUAUUCCACCAAGGCCAUCAAGUAUGUCACUGGAUUGACGCCUUUACAUUGGCGACCUGCUCAAGGCGAUAUCGAUGACCGUGUUCGUUGGAUUGCCACUCAACUCAACCUUACUGCUAUCCUCUGGAACAUCGAUACUGAUGAUUGGGCUGCCAACUCCAUGCCUGGUGUUACUACUGAGACCGUUCAACAAAACUACAAGGACUUUAUUGAGAUGGGCAAGAAUGGUUCUUUCGCUGAAUCUGGUGCUUUGAUCCUCUCUCACGAAAUCAACAACAUGACUAUGGACAUGGCUAUGCAAAACUACGAGGGACUCAAAGGUGCCUAUGAUCACGUCAUUGAUGUUGCCACCUGCAAGAACAUCACCAACCCCUACGUUGAAGACUCCAUCACCUUCCCCACCUUUGAACAAUACAUCAAGGAUGGUGGUAAGACUAGCGGUGGUAGCUCUACUCCUGCUGGUGAUGGUGAAUCAGCUGCUUCCUCUAUGGCAUCCAUCAAUGGUGCUCUCUUUGCCAGUGCCUUGUUUGCUGUUCUUGCUUUCGCUUAA